UUCAACGCGUGAGACAAUGUGAAGCGUUAACGAUGGCCGAAACUUUGAUAGAGGAAGGCGAACGUCCAACUACAGAAAGACCAGAGCGACAAGUGAUCGUUCGUCAGGUCACCCCUGAUUUUCCAAUACAUUUAAAACUCCUAUUGGCAUCAACAAUUGUCCUAGUUGUGCUCGUCUUAGGGACGAUAGUUUAUUUUAUAUACGCUAAAUAUGCAAACGAAUGACAGCAGCGAGAACUACGGGCCACAUACAGGUGUCUGCUCACAGUUUUCUAGUGAAGAAGCAAGAAACGACUUAGACUUUACCGGAAAACAGAUGUUUUGCAAUGAUGAAGAAUUUUGUACCACGGAAAAAGCCCACAAGCAUGCGAAUGGCUCGCCACAAACCAAGACGCAAUGGAAUAACACCACUUUCGACAAUGACGAUCCAGAUCACACAAGUGAAAGCAACACAGUAUGUCCUGAUACCUAUGAAAACAUGAUAUCAAGGAUGGGUGAGAUUGAGAAGGCUUUGGCAACUGUUAAAGAAACAAUAUCCACAGCAAGUGUGCGUUGCCAUCUGCUUAAUGUUGAUGUUGUUACAAUGUUCAGUCCAGAAAUGCUAGACACCCUGAACAAAACAAAGGAACAGUGUGACAACUGUAUAAAAGCAAUGGAGACUUUGUCUGCUGAGGACUACUGACAAAAAAAUAUACUAAAAGCAAAGGCUCAAGAGUACUCUUCAAAAUUCUUAAAAUGUAUUUGGAAGAGGCAACUGAAUAGCUAUUCCUCGUUUAAAACACAAAACAUUACUGUGCCAUGUGUAAAUUGUCUGUAAGAAUAACAUGGCAUAGAGGAUAAAGACAAUUUGACAGCUAGACUUUGAUUAUGCAAAUUGCAGGGUACACAAUUUUCAAAAAUGUUUGGAUUGUUGAAAAUUGAAGUGGCACAAAAGCCCUUGUUCAAUACCAUUUCAGUUUGAAAUGGAUGAUUUAAAUUAAUUUCGAUUUUUAGAGAAGAGUUAUAAAAUUGAGGAACUGCUCCAUUUAAUACUUUUAUACACAACAAUGAGUUGUUCAUACUGUUUAAUUCUGAUUAACUAUUCAUCUUGCAACUGCUUUUUUACAAUGUUGCUGUUUAUACAAUAAACAAGUGAAAUCAAAAUCCAAGAAUUUUAGCAUGUUUGUCUGAUUGCUAAUAAAUAACUUGCCAUAUGUA